CGCGAUAUUGUAUCCGAUCCAACAUUUCGCAUAUUGAUUUAUGAUCGGCAACUGCAUCGUUUUCCAUUGGUAGCUGGCUCAUCAACAUUGCGUCGGGGCCGCAUUUCACCGCAAUAUUUCCGGGACAAUGAAAUAACCGAAAGACCACGAAUCGAACAGUUUGUGCGUCGUGAUCUGACAGCACUUAUUCCGAAUUUGUCAAAUCUGGAAACGAUUGCUCGGCGUGUAUACGAUCUUGCCAUGUAUUAUCAAAUCAUGUCACCACAAUUCACUGCUUUACUGGCCAAAGAAUUCCCCGUGUUGCUGGGUGAUGAACACAGUGUUGUUGUUCCGGAAUUUUUGGACCAUUUUGCUGAGCUACUUUUUGCAUUUACAAUCAGUGGAGAAAGUCUGGAUGUUUUUGAUCAAAAUAGCGAAUAUCUCAGGUUUUUUUGCCGUUUACGCUUUUUUUUUAAUAUUUAUUUUUUAAAUGGAAAUUUUUACGGAUUCGAUGCCGAGAUUGCACUGUUUUUUCGUUAA